CCGAACAAUCCCCGCCCCUAAGGUGCAGUCUCAGCUCCCACACCCUCGGAGGGACUGGGGGCUCCUCCAGGCAUGCUACUCCUGGCCGAUCGGGCUCCUCCUUUACCAGGGAAGGGAGGGUGUGGUGUUGUGGGGUGCAGUGCCGUGCGGACGCCUCCCCUCCUGGGUCCCCACCUUCGUGCACACAGUGGAAGCAGGAAGGACCAGGGCUCACCCCGGCGUGGCUGCUGCUAAUGAGCUGGAGCAUAGCGGAGGUCGCAGCUGCAUCAGCGCGGGCCGUUCUGGGAGGCCCCGACUAGCCGGCCGGCCGGCCCUCAUGGCCUUGGGGAUGGAGCAGCGUCUGGGCAACCUGACCAUCUUCAGCCAGGACGAUUUCGAAGGAGACUGGCAGCGCGUGGCCAGCGGGGGCUUCGGGCAGGUGUUCCGGGUGCGGCACAAACGCUGGCGGACCGAGUAUGCCAUUAAGUGUUCUCCUUGCCUGCUGGCCGACUCCAGUCCCAACAGCUCAGACAUGAAGUGCCUUAUUGAUGAAGCAACCAAAAUGGAAAAGAUCAAAUUCCAGCACAUUGUCUCCAUCUACGGAGUGUGCCAGCAGCCCCUGGGCAUUGUGAUGGAAUUCAUGGCCAAGGGCUCCCUAGAGAAGAUGCUGCCCACCCAUAGCCUGUCCUGGCAGCUCAAGUUUCGAAUCAUCCAUGAGACUGCCUUGGCCAUGAAUUUCCUUCAUAGCAUUAAGCCACCUCUGCUCCAUCUGGACCUCAAACCAGGCAACAUCUUGUUGGAUAGCAACAUGCAUGCCAAGAUUUCAGACUUUGGCUUAUCCAAGUGGAUGGAGCAGUCAACACGGAUGCAAUACAUUGAGAGGUCAGCUCUUCGGGGCACACUCAGUUAUAUUCCCCCUGAAAUGUUUCUGGAGAGCACCAAAGCACCUGGUCCCAAGUAUGAUGUGUAUAGCUUUGGAAUCGUCGUUUGGGAGAUUCUUACUCAGAAGAAGCCAUACCCAGGGUUCAACAUGAUGACCAUUAUCAUUCGUGUGGCUGCUGGUACCCGACCCUCCCUGCAGCCUAUCUCAGAUGAGUGGCCAGGUGAAGGGCAGCAGAUGGUAGACCUGAUGAAGCGCUGCUGGGACCAGGACCUUAAGAAGAGGCCAUGUUUCACAGAUAUCACUAUUGAGACAGACAUGCUGCUAUCCUUGCUCCAGAACCCUGUAGUAGACCUGGAGAAAGAGUCCUUGAUCAGAAAGACAUCUUCUAAACCUUCUCUGUGCAAGGUCCAGGAGAUCAGUAGAGAAGUCAGCCAGGAACUGACAGAGAGUGACUCAAGUGAAUCUCUGAAGCGGCUACUCCAGUUAUCUGACAGUGAGAGCUUGGUCUCAAGCAUGGAAGAGCUGGCCAUCUAUGAGAACAAUGUGACUCUCCUCCACUUCCUGGUGACUGAGGGGAAUGUGGAGAAGGUGAGGCUGCUGUUAAGGCAGGAAGUAGAUGUGGACUGCCAGACAGUUGAGGGCUACACGCCCCUCAUCAUUGCUGUGCAAGAUCAGUUCUCUGACCUCUGCAUGUUGCUACUCAGCCAAGGAGCCAAUCCCAACCUGGUUGAUGAGGAUGGCUGGGCCCCACUCCACUUUGCUGCCCAGAAUGGGGAUGACCGUAUUGCUCGCCUCCUCCUGGACCACGGCCAGGUUGAUGCCCAGGAGCACGAGGGCUGGACUGCUCUUCACCUAGCUUCCCAGAACAACUUUGAGAACGUGGCCCGGCUCCUUGUCUCCCGUCAUGCUAACCCCAACCUUCCAGAAGGGGAGGGGAAGUCUCCACUGCAUCUGGCUGCCUACUUUGGUCAUGUUAGCUUGGUGAAGUUGCUUAUUGGCCAGGGCGCCCAACUAAAUGCCCAACAGAGGAACCUCAGGACCCCACUGCACUUGGCUGUGGAACAGGGUAAGGUCCGUGCAAUCCAGCACCUGCUGAAGAGUGGGGCUGCCACUGACAUGAUUGACCAAAAUGGCUAUACCCCACUGCAUACAGCUGUUGCCAAAGACAAGUAUCUUAUCUGCAGUAUGCUGCUCAAGUAUGGAGCCAACACUGAGUUGAAGACUCAGCAGGGCUGGACCCCUCUACAUUUGGCAGCCUUCCAGGGCCACCUGGAGAUUCUCCGUCUGUUGCAUGAGAAUAAUGCCCAGCUGGAUGCUCAGGGGGGCAAGGACUGGACUCCACUUCACUUGGCAGUACGCCAAGGGGAGGACGCAGUGGUUUCCUUCCUCCUGCAAGGUGGAGCUGAUCCCAACAUGGCUGAGCAGUCUGGCUGGACACCAUUACACUUGGCUGUUCAGCGAGGUGCAUUUUUGAGUGUCAUCAACCUCCUGGAGUACCGGGCAGAUGUAAAUGCUUCCAACAAGGUAGGCUGGACACCUGUGCACUUAGCAGCCCUUAAGGGCAACACUGCUAUCCUCAAGGUGCUGAUCAAGGCUGGUGCCAGACUGGACAUUCAGGAUGCUACUGGCUGCACAGUGCUACAAUUGGCAAUCCGAAACCAGAAACAGAAUGUAAUCUCCUUCCUGAAGGACAAGGACCCUCUCACUCCAUGUCUGGCUAGUGUUGAAUCAGAGACCAUGCAGGAGGCUUGACCUCCUGUUCCCUGAAUGAAUGGAGAUCCCUUUAGACCCAUUUGGAAGCCUGGGAAGGGCAAUGAAUAUAGAACUGGUCCCCAUCCAUUCUCAGGAACAGUUUCCCAGAGAAAGUGAAGCUGGAAGCCAAAAACAACCUAAGGUGGAAGAAUCUUGAAGCAGAUCCUGAAGCUUGAAGAGGAGCCAGUUUCUCCUCUCUUCUUCUUUCACCAAACACCACCUUAAAUCUGCUAUAGAUUCUGGGCAUUAAUCUCUACCAACGAAGAGUGAUUCUCAUGUCAUUGACAUUGGGACUGCAGUUACAUUUCUAAUUGUUCUCCCUGCCUCAAAUUCCUCCUUCCUCUAGUUCCUCCUCCCACCAACUUCCAACACGAUUUUCCUAAAGCCUAAAUCCUUCUACCUCUCUUCUUUAAUCAACAAAUCCCAGGACUUCUUAUUAUAUCUAGUAUCAAAUCUUUGAAACAUAAAACUUUUCAUAAUCUGGCUCCAUCUCACCUUUCCAGACUUACUACACAUUGCUUCCUAAAUUUGCCCUCUUUCUGAUUCUCACACAUAACACUUCACAACUCUCCAUUAUUCAUCUCUGUGCUGUUGUUCUGGCUUUGCCUCAUACCUGCUCCAUACCCCUCCUUUACUUACCUCUGCUUCCUGGAAUCACUGAUUUCCUUCAAAUCUCCUGUCAGGCAUCCGCUUCUACUGAAACCCCUUUCCUAGUCUUCCCCCUUCCCCAUGACUUCUUCUGGCCCUCAGGCUGCUUUGUGUCUUCUCUGCAUGGAAUUUGUAUAUGCCAGUAUUUGUGUCUGUAGUCAUUUUGGCUAGAAGAUAAGCUUCUGAAGGCUACAUAUUUGGUUUUUUUUUUUUUUUCCUUUUCUUUUUCUUUUUUGCUGAGGCAGUUGGGGUUAAGCAACUUGCCCAGGGUCACACAGCUAGGAAGUAUUAAGUGUCUGAGAUCAGAUCUGAGUUCAGAUCUUCCAGACUUCAGGGCUGGUGCUCUAUCCACUGUGUCAUUUUUGUCUUUGAAUCUCAGAGGGUGGAUUAUACCAGGUAUUUGACAAUUAGUUGUUGAUUGGUUGGUUAGUUAGAGCCAAUCUGUUACAUCUGGAGUCCAAUUGUGUGAUCCUGCCUCCUUUGCAUAUUUAGUUGGGUAUUCCUGGGCAAGCCUAAAUUUCAAUUUCCCAAAAUACAAUGAAUGGAGAUAGUAAUAUAUGGUUUAUACAUCUUCCAAAACUGUUGGGAGUUGUUGUUAACUUUAAAUAACAAUAAAUCAGCAAAGACUCCUUGCUUUCAGCCCAGUCAUUUUCCCAUAAUUCCUUUCUAAUGUUUAGGGCAGCUUUCUUUCUAGAUCCAAGUGCCUCUAGGAGCUUCAUGCUUUCAAUUGAAUAAUGGAGGAUUCUGAGGCAAUCUCACUUUGUAUGUGUGUAUAAGCUAUAUGUACAUUAUAUAUGUAUGUAUAUGUAUAUAUAUAUAAUGUUAUAUAUUAUACAUAAUAUAUAAUACACACUUAUUAUAUAUAUAUGUGUAUAGAUAGAUAUCCACAUAUGCACAUAAUUCAGAAGAAUGGUACAAGGGAAAAAAAAGUAGUGGGUCUGUAGCCAAAAGACCUGAAUUCAAAUCCUAUCUGUUCCUUACUAGUUGUAUGACUUUGGGCAAAUCUUCCUGGGUCUCAGUUUCUUCCUCUGUAAGAUGAAAAAGUUGGAUGAGAUGGACUUUUAUUUCCUUCCAGCUUUUGAGCUCUCUCCUCACCCUAUAGCUGUGGGCAUUUCUUCCUCAUGCCCAGGUGCCACUGCUGCCCAGGUCUCUUGGAGCACCUUUCCACAAACUGGCUCUGAUCUGGAAUGUGCCUUUACUUGGAUUGCUCAUCUUGUUACCUGCCUUUUCUGUCCUUUCCCUGACCUCACUGUGUACUUGAUUCUGGUAUGCACUUUGGAUCCAGAUGUUCAUUUUCAUUUUAAUAAAACAAUGUUUCUGUUA